AUGAGAUCUCUUAUCACUGCUUCUGUAUUGGCGGCUUCCGCACUCGCCGGCGAACGUGUUCCUGUUUACGUCUACGUUGAUGACUGGAACUACACUGGCUCCGCACUUACUGACGAGCUGUACAAGUUGUCUGAGCUUGGGGUGAGCGCGAUUCUGCUUGCUUUCCACCUCGUCGGGAACCCCGGAUUCCCCGAGAACAUUGCUGACACCGUGUCUGCCUGGGCUGCGUUAUCGGAGUCUGAGCGUCAGGCCUUCGUUGACAAGCUCCAUGCCAACGGGACCAAGCUGAUGAUCUCGUCAGGGGGUGAAUCUGAGGGUCUGAAUUGGAAGGCCGUGGAUGCAACGACGUACGGUACUGAUCUCUGCAAUUUGAUGAAGAGCUUGAAUGUUGACGGCGUUGAUUUCGAUAAGGAAGGUUUCGGUACGACGGAUACCAGUAUUUUGGAUUGGGUGAGCAAAGCAACUAUCGCUUGCCGCUCGGUAUGGCCUGAGGGUAUAAUUACUUCUGCUCCUCAGUCACCCCACAUGAAUCCUCUACCGGAUAGCUGGGCGGAUCUUGCGAACCUCGGUGCCGAUCACGAUCACUACCUCAUUCAGUAUUACAACCAGGGCACGUGGCCCAAAGAUACGACGUACGAAGGUCUAUUCCAGGGAAGCGGAGUUGGUGCUAUCAACGAAUUGUAUGCAAGGUUCCCCAACGCUCCAAAGGACAAGUAUGUGGUGGGCAAGCCUCUCCGUACGGAGGACGCAAGUUCUGACAGUUACGUCCCCAUUUCUCAGCUGCGUGAGUUCAUUUGCAAGGCUUGGAAUGAGGUUGGAUACAGAGGUGGUGUCAUGUUCUGGAAGGCGCACCUUGGAGAAGAUAACAGCGACCUCAGUGUGAUGGCUGCUCCUUGCGAUGGGUCUUCUGCUGACAUCCCGGACCCCAGUCCUGUGACUACCCCCAGUCCCGUGACGACUCCUAGUCCCGUGACCGCCCCUGUCACCACUCCUAGUCCUGUGACCGCCCCUGUCACCACUCCUGGUCCUAUGACUACGGUGGUUCCUAUGCCCGUGACGACAGCUCCCGUUCAACCAACUCAGGGUGGGAACUCCAGUGGAGGAGAUUUGGUUUUAGGUUGCCAGAACCUGUUAACCUCGGAGUCGCAGUGGGUUGACACCUGCAAGAGUUACUGUGCCUCCUACGCCCCCAGCGGAGACCUUGCACCGUGGUGCCCAGGUGUUGCAACAGCUGAAGCGCUUGCACAAUGCAUUACUGGUCAGCAAGCCUUCUGUACAAUUGCGUGA